GUCAAGGUCGCGCCGCUCCGUCAAGACCGACGCCCAGCGGACGUCGGCGGUAGUCGGGCAGCGAGCGGCGACGCGAGGGGCAUUCUGGGACGCCUGUGUCACAUUUCCUGACAUGGAGUCGGCGGAACCGCCCAGUGGCACCAAGAGACUGCCAUGGUUGACAGAAGAGUUUUUAACAGACGUACUUCGCAAAGGCGAGGAUGACCCUGGGAUAACAGUAGAAAAAUUCUUAGAAUUUACUUUGCCAAAAGGCGAAAACUAUUCCAGCUUCAUCCUAAAACUCACCGUCACAUAUCGUGACGGCAAAGGUCGCCAGUUAGAGAAGCCAUUAAUCAUCAAGUCCAUCCCCGAUAAUCCAAUGAUGCAAAUGUUCUUGAAAGAAGCACACUUGUUCGACAAAGAGAUCUACGCCUACCGCGAGCUGAUCCCUGCUAUGAAGAGUAUAGCCGAGGUGCCGCUGGUUUCAGCCAAGUUCUACCCCACGGACCGCAGUGAUCUGGUUAUCUUGGAGGACAUAUCGCACCUGGGUUUCAAAAUAGCCGAUCGCAAGACGAGGCUGGAUCUUCCGCACGCCUCCAUGGCCAUCAAGGCCCUGGCCAGAUUCCACGGUCUGGCGUACGCAGCGGUGGACAGAGACCCUUCCCUGGUAGAUCACUUUCCCGAGUCGCUGUUCUCGGACAGGGCGAAGGACAUGAGCUCGCUCAUCUUCACGCCGAUGUUCAACGCCGUGGCGGCCGCCGUGGACACGUGGCCAGGCUACGAGAGGUUCUCGGGGAAGAUCCGCUCCCGCCUGGACGGCUUCAUGGACAGGUUAGUGGAGCUGGUGUCCCCGGCAGAGGACGGCUUCAACGUGCUGAACCACGGCGACUUCUGGGUGAACAACAUGCUGUUCCGGCGCGACGGGUCGACGGGGGAACCGGCGGAGGUGUGCGUCGUGGACCUGCAGCAGGUGCGCUACGGCUCGCCGGCGCUGGACCUGCAGUACUUCCUGGCCACGAGCCUCGCGAGGGGAGUCAGGGAGGACCACGAGGACGAGCUGCUGGCGAGCUACCACGAGGCGCUGAGGGCGACCCUGCGCGCGGCGGGGCUCGGGUCCGUGCGCUACGACCUGGAGGACCUGCGGCGCGACUACGAGGCCAAGGCGGAGUUCGGGCUCAACACCGGGGUCGCCAUGGUCGGCAUGACGGUGGCCGAGUCGGGCGACGUCAGCGGCAUGGAGGACAUGACCGAGGAGGCCCUCAGGGACGGCGCCAUGGUUAACCCGAUGGAGAAGAUCUUCCGGGGGAAGAGGUUCCAGGAAACAUUACAGGGUCUUCUGCUCUACUACGAAGGGAAAAAAGUUAUCUAAAAAAUACAAAAUCGCAUGGUUUGCUUUGUCAAGGCGCGGUUUAUCAUUUAUUUUAUUAUUAUUAUUGUUGACAGGGGCGCAACAACUAAAUUUCCAACUAAAUUUCCAAUAUACCUUUUUAUAGAGAAUCAUCGAUCCCCCCUAUUGAAGCGGGGUGUCCGGGGGUCCUCCCCCGGAAAAAAUUUGUAUUUCAAGGUGGAAAAUGGUGCUAUUUAAGCAGUUUUAAUAUCUAAAAAAUUGAUUACACAGCACUUUCUUUGCCCCCGUUUGCCCCCACUUCAAGGUUUCAGAGAAAGGGGGGGGGGCCCAAAUACCCUUGCCCCCCUGUUGUUGCGCCCCUGAUUGUUGUACAAUUUUGGAAGUUCCACUAAAGUAUACUUUACACUUGUAUAAAUAAGAUAAUUACUCGACUGGUAAAAUAUAUAGGAGUAUUUAUUUAACAAAUUAUUUAAUUGUUUUUUUUAUGUUUGUUUUUUUGAAGCAUUUCUUUAGCCUCUGAAAAUAAAAAGUUUUGCAGUUUUUAAACAACUAUUAAGUUAUACCUUCAGUAUUCUGUUCAUGCUUACCCAAUGUUUUUUUUUAGAACUGACCAACUGUUAGUUUUUUUUAUUGCUUCUAGUUUAAGCCAAAUAUAAUUUAUCCUAAAUAUGUAUUUUAGCUCUUUUUUAUAGAUAUUAUAUUAUGUAUGUAUGGAAUAAUACUUAAAAAUAAUAUUCAAUAUUGAUUGUAGAAUUGUACUACUAAACAGUGUAAUAAAGCGAUAAACAAAUAUUCAAUAUUGAUUGUAGAAUUGUACUACUAAACAGUGUAAUAAAGCGAUAAACAAUUUAUAAA